AUGGACCUGAUGAUCUUGUGCGAGGUGGCGGAGGAGCUGGUCGGUGUCUCUGCAGAGGAGCUUGUCGAUAACAUUGAGGAAGACGACGAGUGGUACGCCCUGCCAGACGAAAUCGAGGAUCUUCUUGGCUCGACGCACACCUUCCAGGUUUUCGACAAGUACGUGAAUGGGAGCUUCGCGGUGAGGUCGAUCAUGGACGAUGCUAGCGUCCCAGCCCCUGCUGCAGCCGCUAGCCAAUGCAAGGAGAAGGCUGACCCUGAGGGGAGCCAGAAGCCUAGCAAGCGCCUGCGAGGGGAUGACGACUCGAUCAACUAG